ACCACAAUCUCAACCUUAACAGGCAUGAAAACCCCACUUUUACUUCUCUUCCUCCUCUUCUCCCUAGCCAAAGGGCUAGACCCAAAAUGUGAUGGCCAAGACCAUGGCUCAACCCUGCAAGUGUUCCAUGUGUUCAGCCCAUGUUCCCCAUUUAGGCCAUCAAAGGCAAUGUCAUGGGAAGAGAGUGUUCUACAGCUACAAGAGAAGGACCAAGCUAGGAUGCAAUACCUCUCUAACUUGGUUGCUGGGAGAUCAAUUGUACCAAUUGCCUCAGGCAGGCAAAUCACACAGAGCCCUACAUACAUAGUGAAGGCCAAAAUUGGUACCCCAUCUCAGACCUUUCUCAUGGCCAUGGACACUAGCAAUGAUGCUGCCUGGGUCCCUUGCACUGGUUGUGUUGGUUGUUCGACUGCAACACCCUUUGCUCCUGCUAAGUCCAAAUCCUUCAGCCAAGUUCGUUGUGCUGCUCCUCAGUGCAAACAGGUUCCCAACCCCACUUGCGGAGGAAGCGCGUGUGCAUUCAACUUCACCUAUGGCACCUCCUCCGUGGCAGCUGACCUGGUCCAAGACACGCUGACCCUAGCCACUGACCCAAUUCCAGCCUACACCUUUGGUUGCAUUAAAAAGGCAACAGGGAGCUCAGUACCACCACAAGGAUUGUUGGGGCUGGGCCGUGGCCCGUUAUCACUUUUGGGCCAAACCCAAACGAUAUACCAAUCUACAUUUUCUUACUGUUUGCCCAGCUUCAAAACCCUCAAUUUCACUGGGUCACUGAGACUUGGGCCUGUAGCCCAGCCCAAGAGGAUCAAGUUUACCCCUCUCCUCAGAAAUCCUAGAAGAUCUUCACUCUAUUAUGUUAACUUGGUUGCAAUUAGAGUUGGCAGAAGAAUUGUGGAUAUUCCUCCGCCGGCAUUGGCGUUCAACCCAACCACCGGCGCAGGCACCAUUUUUGAUUCUGGCACGGUGUUCACCCGGCUGGUUGAACCGGCAUACACGGCCGUCCGAAACGAGUUCCGGCGACGAGUUGGGGCAAAACUUACGGUGACGAGCCUAGGAGGGUUUGACACAUGCUACACAGUUCCAAUUGUUGCACCCACGAUAACAUUCAUGUUCUCAGGCAUGAAUGUGACACUCCCACAGGACAACAUCCUCAUACACAGCACUGCCGGCAGCGUCACGUGCUUGGCGAUGGCGGCGGCGCCGGAGAAUGUGAACUCGGUGUUGAACGUGAUAGCCAACAUGCAACAACAAAACCACCGUGUGCUCUACGACGUGCCCAACUCAAGGCUUGGUGUAGCUCGUCAACUUUGCAGCUAAUAAAAUGUGGUUCUUUAAUUUGUCAAGAAUUUUCAUGACUUGUUCCUACAUUAAUAACAAUGUCUAAUUAGCAUUGCAAGU